UUUUAAAUGACAAUCAGUAGUACAGUGUUGCCGAUAUCAAAAAUUCUUUAUUCAUUGAAUUAAAUGUCGCGACGUAUGUUUCAGUAGUAAAAUAAAGCAAUAAUUUAUAUACCCUUUUUUGGUCAACUUCGAUCAUUUUGCUAGAUGUAGUUUUCCCAUUCACCAUUCUCCAGGGCACGGAGGGCAGAGUGAAACUUCUGAUUUUUUACACAGUCAAUAAUUCAGGAUAUGAGUUCUAUAAGCUUGCAAUGUCUGUCGUAUACUUUAACUGUACUUCUUUUUAUGACGAUAUGGAAAACAGUCAACAAAAUGUAUUACCAAGUACUAGUCGCAUUACGUAUACAUCUUGGGCACCUCAAACUCAAGGGAAUCAACGUUUUAAUUUUGGUGUCGAUUCUUCGCCCAUAGAAGAAGAAUCUGUUGAAGCAUUAAUAGAAUUAUUACAUAAAACAUGGACCAUUUAUGGUGUAUCAACAUUAUUUAACUUUCAUCGAGAUGAAAUACACCUAAAACAAUAUUCUAAAAAAUUAAGGGAAGAAGUUGCAGCAACUUUAGCACAGGAGGAUGUUAUAUAUACAGCAAAAAUGAAUAUUAUGGAUCAUAUAACUGUUAAAACUAGUUCAGUGGAUCCAAUACCAAUAAAGAUAGAAGUACAUGCCAAAAAUUAUGGCAAAGAAAACAGUAUAAACAAAUGUAUUUAUACAGGAAUAUUAUUGUCUUGGAGAACAACUACUAAUGAAUUAGCUACACCAAAUUCAAUACGAUUACCGCUUCUAUUAUGUCGUGGUACAAAAAGUAGCAUGGUUACUAUUCAUAAUUUAUUAAGUCAUAUGUUUGAUUGUAUGAUUAUUGAACUUCCUGCUCAAGAGGAUGAUUUAAUGUGGUUGAUUCCAAUUGUAAUUAUUCCAACUAAUGUGGAGGAGCAAUCAAAACAUACAAGUGAGAUUAGUAUGGAAUAUAGAAUACCAGACCUACCUGAUACAAAUGCAAUAGUAGUGAAAUUUCAAGUUUUAGAUUUAAUAAAAAUAUUGAGAGUGAUUAUGGGAAAUCAAAGUGAUGGAGCCAAUGUCGAAAUAUCAUUUCAUUUGGAACACAUAGAGAAAUUUCGAGAUAUUUUAUAUAAACAAAUGUUACAAACUGCUUCCUUACAAUUGGGACUAUGUCUAUUACGUAAAAUUAAUCUACCUUCAUUUACAAUCAUGGGAAAUAAAAUGAAAGUAACAAACAUAGAAACCAUGAAUCGUGUUCUAUUAUAUUUAAAUGAAAAAGCUGUUCGUAUCCUUCAUACAUUAACAUCUGAGAUUUAAAUGCUAAUAAAUAAAUAAAAUACAAAUUUUAUGAGACUGUUAAACUUUGAAAUAUUAUAUUUAUAUUAUAGUUAUUUAUAUUUAAUAUAAUAUUUCAAUCAUUGCAUACUGUACAAUAAUUAAUUUUAUAAUUACAAUAAAUUGUAACCAGUCAAUAUGUAC